CGCGAGCGUACGUAAAUGAGAAGCAGAAUAAGAAUCAGAGGAGAGAGUGCACAAAAAACGCUGUGUGGCUAAUCAAAAUUAUUGAAACCAUAAAACAUUCCAAAUGCUACGGUAGGAAAUAUCGUAUCAGUCGUUCUCAUUGCAUUGCGCACUGAACACCUUUAAAUCCAGCGAACACGGCUAAAAAACAAUGACUCGACAAGGUGCGCAGCUGGCAUGCUUAAUAAUAUUAUGUAUUUUGAAAUUGAUCACUGCUGGCGUCCCACUCAACCGAUACGAGGCGAUAUUAAAACAGCAAUCAGCGCCGGUGGACGAGGAGCUCGGCCUAUACGAUGACAGCGAUAAAGUGGUCAAGCUAACAGUGGCCAAUUUCAAUGAAACUGUGCUCGAACAGAAUCGCGGCUCGCUCGUUGAAUUCUACAAUACAUAUUGCGGGCAUUGCCGACGAUUUGCGCCCACCUACAAGCAGAUUGCCGAGCAGCUGCACGCCUGGCAGGAAGUCGUCAUAGUCAGUGCCAUUGAUUGUGCUGCCGAGGAAAAUAAUGGUAUUUGCCGCAACUACGAGGUAAUGGGCUAUCCAACUCUGCGUUAUAUGCGCCCAGGCUUCCAGCCCAGUGCCAAUCAAUAUGGCUUAAAGCUGGAGUCCCAGAAGCCCGAUGAAAUACGCAGCCUGCUCGCUGGUAUGGUGGCUGCCGAGAAUCAUACCAUGAACAAUACAUAUUGGCCAAAUUUCGUGCCUGUUGCGGAAAGUGAGAGUGCAUCAGAUCUCUUUGAAGGGCUGAACAGCCUGCGUCAGUACAUAGCACUCAUCUAUGAGCCGGAGAAUUCCACGCUGGCUGCUGAAACGGCACUAUUCCUGCUACAAUGGCCCACCGUGCAGGUGCGUCGUUUCAGCGAUCCAGCCGUUGCAGCGAAAUUUAAGCUAGACAUCAAUCAGCAACAGUUGGCGCUUGUCGAUCGACAGGGAAAUGUUAAGCUACACACGCCAUCGGAACAGAGCAGCGAUGCAUAUGCCAAAUCUAUAGAAGGUGCGCUGCAUGCUCUGAACUUUACGCCAAGAACCGUACAGUCAUCGAAAUCAAACCAAGCUGAAGCCCAGCAGCAGGCAAAUAGCGACAGUACGCAGAAUUCGCUCACACAAAUUAUCAAGGAAGUGCAGCGCAACAAGCAUAUCAUUUAUCAGGCAGAUCUGGAGCAGGCAAUACGCACCAUCCUGCACAACGAGGUGGCCAAAGUAAACGAAAUCAGCGGCGAUCGGCUGCUGGCUCUACAGCGUUUCCUCACCGUCCUGCAACGCUAUAACCCACUUGGUACAAACGGACGCCAGCUAGUUGCCAAGUUAAAGGAUUUCGUUGUGCAAUUCAAUCAGAAGCUGACGGGUAAAGAGUUUGAGGAUGAAAUACGACGUUUGGAAAUGAAACUUGGGCAAAUCUACUCGAGCACUCAGUACGUGGGCUGCGCGGGCUCCAGUCCGCACUAUCGUGGCUUCAGCUGCUCGCUGUGGACGCUGUUUCACUUUAUGAGCGUGCAGGCAGCGGGCAACGAGGAGUCGCAGGAUCCACUCGAAGUGCUCCAGGCUAUGCAUGGCUAUAUCAAAAACUUUUUCGGCUGCACCGACUGCAGCGAACACUUCCAGGCAAUGGCAACGCGUCGUAAAAUCUGGAACGUUGCAUCGAAAGACGACGCUGUGCUCUGGCUGUGGGCAGCACAUAAUGAGGUCAAUCAACGUCUGGCCGGCGACGACACCGAGGAUCCAGAAUUCCCUAAACAACAAUUUCCCAGUGCCAAAAGCUGUGCCCAGUGCCGCAAUGCGCCAGCAACCGCGUCGCAAGAGAAUCUGUCAAUUGACUGGAACAAGGAUGCGGUGCUCAGUUUUCUGAAGAACAUUCACAAUCCACAGUUUGUCAGUCGCUUCGGUGUACAACGCUCGGAGCUGCUGCACGAGACUCUGGACACCAUGCGACAGAAGCGUCAGAUCUCUAACGUCUUCUCCGACAUGGAUAUGCGUAUGGGCAUGUUCCUCUACGCCUUCUGCAUUGUCAUGAUGGUGAUCGCCUUUAAGCUGUUCGCCUUCAAAGGCGGCUACCGCAAGAAACCGUAUGGACACGAUCUACUAGGCAAGGUGUAAUCAGAAUCACGUCUUUCUAGAACAACAAACCACGCCGUGGCUUAGCUCCAAUUCUAAAAAAGACAACACAACAUUUCAAAACGAACACCUCUAAAUGUUUUUUUUGUAUGUAACUCACAAAUAAGUUUAAGUUGAAUGUGUGUAUGUAUAUAUCAAUAAUCUUCCAGUUGUAUAUCCUUUAACAUAACAUAACGAAAGAAAAA